ACUUUUGAAACCUCUUAAAAUUCUUAUCUUUAUUUACCUCAAUCGAUUUUUGGAAAACCUUUUUUAUACACAAAGCAUAAAUAUUGUUUUGGAUCAAGAUUUACUGGAAUUUUCCAAAAACCCAUUUCCAACUACAAAUGUCAAAUGAUAGCCACAACAAAAUCAUCACUGAGAAAUCAUUAAAAAGAGAUACUAAACAUCAUGAAAGUUCAAACGACAACGAAUAAACAGUCAUCAAAUAGUGAUAAUGCUGGAGGAUCAUCAUCAUCAUCAUUGGAUGGUCAUCAUCAUCAACAACAACCAUUAUCACCAUCAUCAAUGAUGACAAUGAUGGCUGCUAUGAAUCAUAUGCCACCUCCAUUAUCAUCAUCAUCAUCGAUGGCAACAACAGCAACAACGACAACACAAUCAUCACAUUCCCGAAAUGUUUUAGCACAAGCAUUAGCUGCACAUGCAGCCAGGCAAUUAUUUGAACAACAACAACAAGAAUCUAUAGCUAAUGAUGAUAAUCAUAACAAUGAAUCUUCAAUAGAAUCCUCAACAAAUUCCCAAUUACAAUUGAUACAAUUACAACAAUCAUUACAGAUGCAAUUAUUACAACAAGCAGCCGUAUAUAAUAAAUUAUUUGAUCAACAACAGCAACAACAAUCAUCAAUGAUGAAUGACGAUGAUUUAAGAAGAAUUGAAGAUAAAAUGGAUGUCGUGGUUGAUCAACAACAACAGAAUUCAUCAUCAACAACAACAAGUGCUAUGUUAAUUGCUGCAGCCGCAGCUGCUGCUGCGGCUUCUUCUAAUCAACAAUACUGCCGACAAAAUCCAAUGGAUCUUUCAUCACCUCCAUUACCCUCAUCUUUAACUUCGACGACAAUCAAUGGUCAUCAAUUAUCACCAACAACAACACAGAAACAAAAAUCAAGACAAUCAGUCAUUAAAAAUGGUAGUAACCAACAACAGAAUUUAAAUCGAAAGUUAGUUAAACAAGAAUCCAGUAGUCAGUCAAUAAACUCUUUGUACACCCAUUCAUCAUUGUCGCCAUCAUCAAAAACGUCUCAUCGGAUUUCCGAUUCCAAAUCAUCGCGUGAUUCGCCUCAUAGUUAUUAUUCCCAAAUUGGUGCAAAUAAUCAAAAUUCAUCGUAUCAACAACAACAAACAUCAGCAAGUAAUAAUAAUGCAAUGAUGUCACCAAUACCAUCAACACCAUCACCACCAAAUGAUUCUGGAAAUAUUUCCAUGGAUUAUAUGGGACGUUCUAUUGAUCAUCAUCAGCAUGGUGGUGGUGGUGGUAAUCCAUCACAUCAAACAUCACCGCAUCUUCGUUCAUCAUCAUCAACAAUGAUGAUAAAUCCACGAUCGGCUGGUGGUUCAUCAACAUGUUCAUCAAAUGCAUCGGAUAUUAAUAAUUCAUCAACAGCAACAACAACGGCACCAUUAAUGUUGACACCGGUUACCGGUAAUCAUUCAUUAACACGUGAAGCAAUGCGUCGUUAUAUACGUGAAAAGAAUGAUUUAAAAAUAAUAAUAUUACAUGCAAAAGUUGCACAAAAAUCUUAUGGUAAUGAAAAACGAUUUUUUUGUCCACCACCUUGUAUAUAUUUGGAAGGUGAUGGUUGGCGUAAACGACAAGAACAAAUGUUACGUGAAGGUCGUACUGAACAAGAUUCAAGUCUUUGUGCUUAUAUUGGUAUUGGUAAUUCGGAUCAAGAUAUGCAACCAUUAGAUUUUAAUGGAAAGAGCUUUUGUGCGGCAAAAACUUUAUACAUAUCUGAUUCGGAUAAACGUAAACAUUUUAUGUUAUCAGUAAAAAUGUUUUAUGGCAAUGGUGAAGAUAUUGGUUUGUUUCAUUCUCGUCGUAUUAAAGUGAUCUCGAAACCAUCGAAAAAGAAACAGUCAUUGAAAAAUUCCGAUCUCUGUAUUGCAAGUGGUACUAAAGUAGCAUUAUUCAAUCGUUUACGUUCACAAACAGUUAGUACAAGAUAUUUACAUGUAGAAAAUGGCCAUUUUCAUGCUAGUUCAACACAAUGGGGUUAUUUUACUAUUCAUCUCGUUGAUGAUAAAGAAGAAGAAUCGGAAGAAUUUACUGUACGUGAUGGUUAUAUUCAUUAUGGUGCUACUGUCAAAUUAGUCUGUUCAGUAACCGGUAUGGCAUUACCUCGUUUGAUAAUACGAAAAGUUGACAAACAAACAGCAAUGCUUGAUGCUGAUGAUCCAGUAUCACAAUUACAUAAAUGUGCAUUCUAUCUAAAAGAUACUGAACGAAUGUAUCUAUGCCUUUCACAAGAACGUAUUAUACAAUUUCAAGCAACACCAUGUCCAAAAGAUCCCAAUAAAGAAAUGAUAAAUGAUGGUGCAUCAUGGACAAUCAUAUCUACGGAUAAAGCUGAAUAUACAUUUUAUGAAGGAAUGGGUACAGUACAUCGUCCAGUUACACCUGUACCAAUUGUACAUAAUCUUAAUGUUAAUGGUGGUGGGGAUGUUGCUAUGCUUGAAUUGAGUGGUGAAAAUCUAAGUCCAUCGUUAAAAGUUUGGUUUGGUGAUGUUGAAGCUGAAACUAUGUAUCGUUGUGCGGAAAGUAUGCUAUGCGUAGUACCAGAUAUUUCACAAUUUCGUGAAGGAUGGCAAUAUGUUCGACAGCCAACACAAGUACAAGUAUCAUUAGUACGUGAUGAUGGUGUUAUCUAUGCAACCGGAUUAACAUUUACCUAUACACCAGAACCUGGUCCAAGGCCACAUAAUCCAGCUAUUGAUAGAAUUUUAAGGCCAAAUGCACAUCCACCACCACAAUGGCCGGUCAUAUGAUGAUAAUUUUUGCUAAAAUUUUUUUCAAGUCCAAAACUUUCAAAGAAUUUUUCAAAAACUUUGAUACAAAUUGUAAUUAAAGAAAUCAAGAUGGGGAAUUUCAUUAGAAUCUGAGACAAAAAAAACAACAACUACAAAAUCACAUUUGGAUUGUGACAAGCUGCAAUAUUAUUAUUUUUUUUUAUUACAGACAAAAAUAUCAUAUAACAAUCAUUAAAUUAACUAAACCCACACACACACAUUAUUUAUAACAAAUGGAACAAAUGG